AUGACUAAAGACGGUACUCAAAACGCUAAGGAUUUGACUCAUUUGUUAUCCCCAGAAGCCAAAUCAAGACAAAAUUCACCUUUGAAAGAUGCUUUCAAAUAUUACAAGUUGCCAAAUAUGACCUUUUUGGGUGGUGGUUUACCAUUGUCUGAUUAUUUUCCAUUCAACAGAGUAAGUGCUGAUAUUCCCACACCAUCUUUUCCGAAUGGGAUUGGCGCACCAUUGACUGAGGAAAGUAAAACCACUAUUGAAGUGUUUAAGAAAGCUGACCAAAACAAACCAAAUGAAAUUGAAUUGGCUAGGUCUUUACAAUAUGGCUACACUGAAGGUCAACCAGAAUUGACUGCCUUUUUGAAAGAGCACACUGAAAUGAUCCACAAGAUUCCUUACAAAGAUUGGGAUUUAGUUGCAUCGGUUGGAAAUACCGAAUCAUGGGACUCUACAUUGAGAACCUUUUGUGCUAGGGGAGACUCAAUCUUGGUUGAGGAAUACUCCUUUUCCUCAGCUUUGGAAACUGCCAAUGGUCAAGGUAUCAAUACUGUUCCUGUUCCUAUGGAUGAUUAUGGUAUCAUUCCAAGCGGGUUAGAAACUUUGUUAUCCAACUGGAUUGGCAAUAAGCCAAAGUUGUUGUACACAAUUUCAACUGGUCAAAAUCCAACUGGAUCUAGCUUAAGUGCUGAGAGAAGAAAACAAAUUUACGAAAUUGCCUGUAAAUACGAUUUCAUUAUUAUCGAAGAUGAGCCAUACUAUUUUUUGCAAAUGGAAACUUACACUAAGGACAAAAAGGCGAGAGAAGGUAAAACUGUACAUGAACAUAAAGAGUUUAUCAAAGCUUUGGUGCCAUCUUUCAUCUCAUUGGAUACUGAAGGUAGAGUUAUUAGAUUGGACUCUUUCUCCAAAGUUUUGGCACCAGGAUUGAGAUUAGGAUGGAUUGUUGGACAAGAGAAAUUAUUGGAAAGAUAUGUCAGAUUGCAUGAGGUUUCGAUCCAAUGUCCUUCAGGUUUAACUCAAUCAAUGACAAACGCAUUGUUGCAAAGUUGGGGGCAAAAGGGUUAUUUGGACUGGUUGAUUGGUUUGAGAGCAGAAUACACUCAUAAAAGAGAUGUCGCCAUUGAUGCAUUGGAAGAAUAUUGUCCAAAAGAAGUUACAUCUUAUGUCCCACCAGUAGCAGGAAUGUUCUUCACCGUCAAUAUUGAUGCAUCCAAACAUCCUAAAUUUCAUGAAUUGGGUGAGGAUCCAUUGAAAAUUGAAAGUUUGCUCUAUGAACAGAGUAUCAAACAGGGGACAUUGAUGAUUCCUGGUUCGUGGUUCAAAUCUCAAGGUCAAUCAACUCCUCCACAAAGAAACUUGCCACAAAACCCAGCUGCAAAAACACAUAUUUUCUUUAGAGGAACCUAUGCUGCUGUUCCGUUGGAUCAAUUGGUUUUCGGAUUACAAAAGUUUGGUAAAGCUGUCAAGAUUGAGUUUGGCUUAGAUUAA